AUGGCAUCAGAAAUCACCUACGCUGAGGUGAAGUUCAAGAAUGCAUCACCAGCUGCAGUGGCCAAAGUACCUCCUGAGACGAAGAAACAUCAGCAUCAUAAGGAUGGGCACCAUACCCAGAAAUACCCACUUUGGCUCCCGUGGCUGAUCUCACUGCUGCUUCUCUUGGUGUGCAUUGCCCUUGUCAUUGCUCUCCUUGGUGAGUAUGUACAGGUUGUUGCACCUUUUUCCCAAAGCGGUGACCAGCCCACAGCCUUGCAGCAGAAAUUCACGAAGUGGCAGUGUGUCUCGGCAGGGCUGCAAGGCAAAGGACAAGGCUGGACGUGCUGCCCAAAUGGCUGGAAACGCUUUCAGAAAAGCUGCUAUUACCUGUCGGAUGAUAUGAUGAUCUGGGCUGAGAGCCAGCAGAACUGCUCUGGGAUGGGCUCCUAUGUGGCGGUGAUCAACAGCAAAGCAGAGCAGGAUUUUCUCACUAAGGAGGUAAAUCAGCCUACAAGAGGAGAGAAUUACUACAUCGGUCUGAGUGCACAGAAGGUGGGCCAGUGGCAGUGGUUGGACCAGACUCCACUUGAUAAUACAGUAGCGUUCUGGCGGAAAGACGAACCAAGUAAUGUGACUGCUGAGAAGUGUGUUGUAAUCUAUAGGAAUCAAAAAACAGACAACUGGAAUGAUGUCCGAUGCGAGCACCAUAAUCGAAUUUGUGAAGCUACAGCAGUAAUUGUGUGA